GCCGCUUGCUUGCGCUCUACUGCGCAUUGCAAGGCUCUCAGCGACCUGCCCACGGCAGGAGUUUCAAAAGCAUUUCCUUCAAGAGGACAGAGCAGGUGGUGGCUUAAUUCGACCCUCCGUCCUCUGCAGAAGAGCUGAGCGCUUGGAACUGCUUCGUCCUCCUCCGUCCAGGCUCGCCUUUCCCUCUGCAAUUCGGCGGCGGCGGCGGCGCCAACCGCCACCGCUGGCCCCUUAGCUUGAGCGCGGCGCGCCCCGAGCUUCAUGUGCGCAAAGGAGUCGCCGCCAAGCGCGUCUUCCCGCCACCUGGCCAUGACGCUGAACGGCUCCUCAGCCGUGGCGGCAGCGGCCGGGGGCAACCGCACCUUGUCGUCCUCGGCGUCGGGCGGCAGCAGCAGCGGCGAGCCGUUCACCUUCUUGAGCUUGCUGGUGCUCAGCCUGCUGGCUCUGCUGACGGUGGCCACGUUCCUGUGGAACCUGCUGGUGCUGGUGACCAUCUUGCGGGUGAAGACUUUCCACCGGGUGCCCCACAACCUGGUGGCUUCCACGGCCAUGGCCGACGUGCUGGUGGCGGCGCUGGUCAUGCCCCUGAGCCUGGUGAAGGAGCUGUCUGCCGGGCGGCGCUGGCGGCUGGGCCGGGAGCUGUGCCACGUGUGGGUCUCCUGCGAUGUGCUCUGCUGCACGGCCAGCAUCUGGAGCGUUGCCGCCAUCGCCCUGGACCGCUACUGGUCCAUCACGCGGCACCUGGAGUACACGCUGCGCACCCGCCGCCGCGCCUCCAACGUCAUGAUCGGCCUGGCCUGGGCGCUCUCGGCGGUCAUCGCUCUGGCCCCGCUGCUGGGCUGGGGAGAGAGCUACUACAGCGCCGAGCAGCAGCGCUGCCAGGUCAGCCAGCAGCCUUCCUACGCCGUCUUCUCCACCUGCGGCGCUUUCUACUUGCCCCUCUGCGUGGUGCUUUUCGUCUAUUGGAAGAUCUACAAGGCAGCCAAGUUUCGCAUCGGGGGGCGCGGCAGGCGGAACACCGUCAUGCCCCUCCCAGAAAUUGUCCAGGUGAAAGAAACUUCUCAUCAGCCACAGAUGGUGUUUACAGCUCGUCAUGCGACUGUCACUUUCCAGACAGAUGGAGAAACAUGGAGGGAGCAGAAAGAGAAGAAAGCAGCUAUGAUGGUUGGCAUUUUAAUUGGUGUGUUUGUACUGUGUUGGAUUCCCUUCUUUGUUACAGAACUAAUAAGCCCCCUCUGUUCCUGCACCAUUGCACCUGUCUGGAAAAGCAUCUUCCUCUGGCUAGGCUAUUCAAAUUCUUUCUUCAAUCCUCUUAUUUAUACAGCAUUUAACAAAAAUUACAACAAUGCAUUCAAGAACCUUUUUGUGAGGCAGAGAUAAGACUGACACAGAAAGGACAACAGCCAGGUUCAUUGCAUUAUUCUGCCCUGAUUUAAGCGGCAGAGAAACUUUGCAUCAGUAAAAUGUACAUCAGAGCACUAUGGGAAUUAAGCAAUAAUAUAAAGAAGUAUGCUGUGAUGUCACAAAGAGAACAGAAAUGUAUCCUGUUGCAAUCUCUUACAAUGCAGAGGCAGAAUUCAAGAGUGUUCUGGAAAGAAAAAAAAACCCUAAAACAAUGGUAAAGGUCCUCCUGCUCCAUUGUAAUGCAAGGUUUAGGAAGCAAAGAAUAAGAACAAGCAAAAAUAUUUAAAGCUGUGUAAUUGUAUUGCUUUGUCUAGUGAAUGCUAGACUAUAAGAACAAUUGCUCUACUCACUGCCAUUUAUGGCAAGUGGCUCAUUUACAAUAGUGCACAGAAAACAAAUUUGCUGUGUAUAGCAAGACACCAUCAAACACAGCCAGAGAUAAAUAGAGAACUAUAUGAAACAAAUAUAACCCUUUCAAACAGGUCCCCCCCCUUUACUUCACUCUAGUAAUAUUUUCAGUAAAAUAUUGCUUGCUAGAUGAAUAGCAUGUGUUGCAUGUUCCUGGAAAGGCUACUACUGAGCUGUAUAACAAACCUAAUUGGGGCCAUGAAUAUAUAGAUGGCUGCUGCCCUUCAUGAACUGCCAAGUUUGGAGAGUGAAAAUCAGCAAUGGUUAGGAUCUUAAAAUAUUGUAAUUGUGUGGCUAGACUUCACAGAUUUGUAGACACAUGGUAAAUAAAACCAAGCAAACAUGAGGUGAGAUGGCCCACGGAAGCGUGGGGUCAGCUGAAAUUUAAAGGUUUGGCGCCAUUUACUGAAGACUACAAGAGAGCAUCGGAACCAAAAUCUCAAAGCUCUCCACUGAAAUCACAUUCAGAGCUACAUAGAUAUAAUGUGUAAGAAGCUUCUUGCACAUUUGUACCUACACAAUUGACUACCUUAACUUCAUUUGCAUGCUAUAGUCAGCAUAUGCAUUGCGCAUUGCUCAACUCUGGUGUGCCUUUGCCAAACGUAUUAUUUUAAAGCAAGCCUCACUGUUGUGAAAGCUUCAUGUGCUCAGUGAAAGAAGAACCACUCUCUUUGAUUUUACACCUUUAUUUUAUUACAAUUUUUUUCCCUGCAUAAAGAAGCAGAGAACAAGAUGUGCUGAUCUUGAGAUUAUCAGAGAGUGGUUUGUGGUUUUUUUUAGCAUAUUCCAGCAAACUAAAUUUCCAUAGCUGGUGUUCCUAUCUUCUUCCAGAAAUAUGCUGUUUCACAUUUGGCUGCUACAAGGCCAUGGCAGAUAAAUAGAAUCUAUUCUUGAAAUGUCACAAAAGCAUUUCAUUAUAAUGAAAUAAGUAAGCUGAAGUUAUCUGGAUAAUAUGAAAAAUAUUCAACUGGUACUUCAAAGAUUUACAAUACAAUAUCAUUAUUUUUAAAUGUGCAACAACUUGUCCUACUGAACUAGUUAAUAACUGAACAGAACAUCUUGGAUCUUUAUUGUACCAAAGCCUAUUGCUUUUAAGAAUAUAAGGGCAGCACAUAAUAUAUAAGAGUAGCCAAGAGGUUUAUGUUUUAGGAUGCUAGCUUCAAGAGCUAAUGAAAUUUGGGAAAGAGCUUAAAGAAGUUCAUCCCCAAAAGUUGCUUUUUCUGUGCCAAAGCAACUUGGGAAGAUGGCAGAAACAGGCAUGUGAAUUAAUGUAUUUGUAAUAUGCCAGCAUUAUGCCAACUCCAUCUCUCAUACUAAGGAAUAGAGACACAGAGCAAUAUGAAGAUGGAAAUCAAGGAGCACCCUUCCCCCCCCCACCAUUUCUAGUUGUAUGGUGCGGCGGUAGCACAGCUGCUAUUACGAAGAGGUGAAGAGAGAAGUAGGACUUGCAAUCAUGCUACUGAGAGUAUGCUAAGCAGCACACGGAAACCUAAACACCCAGAGAUGUGUGUACUGUACAUUCAUGGACCGAUUUGUUUAAGGAGAAAGGGACAAGGAGUAUAAAUAAUAAUAUUUGUCAUGGAGUCUUCAAAGAACCUCAUAUAGAUUACCUCACUCAUCCUUAAACAGACCUGUGUAGUAGAAUCUCCAGGUUUCAGCUGGUAGGCUGAGGCUUAUCUAAAGCCACUUAGGAAGUUCAUAGUUGCAGUCAGGUUUGAACCAAUGGCUGCACAACAUGCAGCAACAGCUCCUAGUCACUAUGUUAUGCAAUGCAUGGAUUCUCUGAGUCUUGGGGAAUUGGGCACUGAAUUUUAAUCAGUGCCCAAUUGCCCCAAGACCCACUGAAAUAACUCAGAUUGUUUGUUCAAUGGGUACUUACCACAACAGUGUGAAAAUAAACAUCACUAGUUCUCUCUUUUGUCACCCUUAUGGAAGAGGUGGUAUAGUACAUCCCACAUGUUACACUUUAUUUUGAGGCAUUAUAAAAGCAAAUUGAACUCAAGUUAAUGUUUACUUGGAGGUUUUAAUGAGAAGGGAGAGAAUGACAGGAAAUUGUAAGCCUCCCCCAUGCCUGAGCUAAACAGCCUUCUACUUGCACAUGGGGCACUUUGAAUCCAAGCCUUUAUUAUUUAUUAUGGCUGUGUUCAUAUGAUUACAGUAAUCCUGGUUAAAUAACCAGGACCGUGGAGCACUGUGGAACAGAUUAUGAGAACCUAGAAUUUCCAGGCAAUCCUUGUCAAACAGUUGUGGUUAAAACACAUUUAACCAGAUAGAUAACCAGCUUUUCUUUAAUCAGGAUUGCAGCCUCUCAGUUGUGUUCCACAGUCAUGAAUUGAUAGGGAGCAAGCUGACUGUUGCGGUCUGUGUUCAAGUAGAAUACUUACUGCACAAGACUUCAGAUUCAGAAGGAACUUCACUGCCAACUUCUGUAGGAAGGAUGUGUGCAUUGGCUGUGGUAUUUAUACUUGUUAAAUCAAUUUCUUAUCACACCUGUUUAGAAGGGCUGAUCUAAUCCUCAGAUUCUCUUUCAGUCCUCCAUUUAGAAAUGUGUUUUCUAAAGUGAACUCAAAUUAC